CGCAUGUAAAAAUGUCUGAAACUAAUAAGCCUAACACUUAAAAUGUCUACAUACUGUAUGCUUGAAGGAAGCAGAUACACAGAGCUGAAUUUAUGGGUAAACUUAGUCUUGUCUAAAUAAAGAGUAGUUAGAACAGGAAAGUUUUGAUGACAAGGUGUGCAUUACACUAUUUGUUGUAGUUAACAUGAUAAAGUUAAUUGUUCCUCUUUUUUCCUAUCUCUAGGAAGGAAAGGCAGUCAUGUGAAAUGUUAUUUCCAUUUUAAUGGGGAUUUUUUUCUGGUUUGGAAACUGAAUUAAGAAGCUAAACUGAGUAAGAAUUUUUGUGUUACAAGUCAAAGAACUUAAACCAAUUCUCAAUAAGCUGAAAAUCCACGUGUAGACUACAGUGGUGUCGAAUUUCAGAAAACUGGAAGAAUCAGAGCAUGAUUAAUCAUAAUGUAUUUUGUUUUGCAGCUUAUUGAUGCAUUUGGACACAAGUCAAAUAUUAGUCUGGUGUUUGAUUUUAUGGAAACAGAUUUAGAGGUUAUUAUAAAGGAUACAAGUAUUGUGUUGACGCAGUCUCACAUCAAGGCAUAUAUGCUGAUGACACUUCAAGGAUUAGAAUAUUUACAUCAGCAUUGGAUUCUACACAGGGAUCUUAAACCAAAUAACUUGUUGCUAGAUGGAAAUGGAGUUUUAAAAUUGGCUGACUUUGGCUUGGCAAAAUCUUUUGGAAGCCCAAACAGAGUUUAUACACACCAGGUAGUAACAAGGUGGUACCGAGCCCCAGAACUACUGUUUGGGGCUAGAAUGUAUGGUGUUGGUGUUGAUAUGUGGGCUGUUGGUUGUAUUUUAGCCGAAUUGCUCCUCAGAGUUCCUUUUUUGCCUGGAGACUCUGAUCUUGACCAGCUGACAAGGAUUUUUGAAACACUGGGCACUCCAACAGAAGAACAAUGGCCUGGGAUGACAAGUCUUCCAGAUUAUGUCACAUUUAAGACAUUCCCUGGAAUGCCACUUCAACAUAUCUUCAGUGCAGCUGGUGAUGAUCUGCUCGGUCUUCUUCAAGGCUUAUUCACGUUUAAUCCUUCCACUAGAGUAACAGCUACUCAGGCAUUGAAACAGAAGUAUUUCAGUAACCGACCAGGACCCACUCCAGGAGAUCAGCUGCCAAGACCCAACUGUCCUGCUGAAGCUGCAAAGGAGCCACAAAAUGCACUUUUAAAUUUAAAAAGAAAAAACACAGAAGGAAUAGGUCAAGGAUUGCCAAAAAAACUGAUUUUUUGAUCGCUGUGGAUGAUGAAUGAAAAUGAGUGAAAAUGCCCUGAGUCCCAGCCAUUGAUAAAACGCUGUAAUCAUUGCUGGAUGGUUAUUUUUUCAAUAUUUUCAUAUGUAAAAUAGAAACUUAUUAUUUCCUUAUGGACACAGAAGUUUUAUUAACCCUUCUUUUUAUAAUAAAAUAAUUUUUGAGAAAAAAAGAUU